GCCGAUCUGUUUCCAAGUCAGGAUGCGACAGCAGCAUGGACAGAAUGACGGACGAUGCCCUGAGGCUCCACCUGCUGAAGCGAGGCCUGGACCGUGCGGAGGAGCGGGAUGACGUGGUGGCUAAGCGGUUGAAGAUGGAAGGCCAUGAGGCCAUGGAGCGGCUGAAGAUGCUGGCCCUGCUGAAACGCAAGGACAUGGCCAGCCCCGAGAUGCCCCAGGACUUGGUGGUCAAACCAGAGCACCAGAAGGUGGGCGAGGAGAAGCUGAACGGCAGUCUGAAGCCCCGCCUGGAAAUCCGCAGCGUGGGCAAAGUGGGCAAGGAGAACAUGGGGGAUGAGCCGGUCGACAUGAGUGCGCACAAGAGCGACGCGGAUAGAGAGCGGAGCACCCCCUCGCCGGAUAUCAUUGUGCUGUCGGACAAUGAGGCGUCCAGCCCGAGGGCCAAUGGCAGGUACGAAGACCGCAACAAAGUGGCAAACCUGGAGCUCUUCAAGGGCAAGGGCCCCGAGGAGCGGCAGAUGAUCAUCAAGCAGCUUCGGGAUGAGUUGCGGUUGGAGGAAGCCAGGCUGGUGCUGCUGAAGAAACUCCGCCAGAGCCAGAUACAGAAGGAGAACGUGGUGCAGAAGAAUCCUGUGGGCUUUCUUAAGAGCCUGCUCACGUUGAUUCUCUGUCACGAUAUUGUGAGUUGUGUCCCAGUUUGCCGACUAUUCAACCAAGUGGGGCAUCACACCCUCAUCUUUUUCUACCCCUCCACCUUCCCUGACAGUCGGAUGCUGUCCCAGCCAGCAGAGCACUCGGGCACCACAGUGGUUAGAGUUGCAGUAACUCCAGGAGGAUCUCAUGUGUUUCUUCUUUCUGUCUCUCUUUCUCUCUCUCUCUUUCCGUGUGUGCUGUCCUCCCUCGCUGCAGGGAAGGGGCGCUUCCAGCUAACGCAAAUUGACCCGUUUGUGUGCUCCCAGUGUCGGACGGACUUCACCCCCCACUGGAAGCAGGAGCGGAGCGGGAACAUCCUGUGUGAGCAGUGCGUGACCUCCAACCAGAAGAAGGCGCUGAAAGCCGAGCACACUAACAGGCUCAAGACCGCGUUCGUCAAAGCCUUGCAGCAGGAGCAGGAAAUUGAACAGCGAAUACAGCAGCAAGCGGCAGCCGUCUCGGCGCCCCCUACGUCUGCACCCACCGGUGUGCCAAUGAGCAAACCCGAGCCAGUGAUCAGGCACCAUCCUCUCCGGCAGCAGCCGCCUCAGUCACAAUCGUCACUCCAGCGAGGGCUCCACACCUCCGCCCGCAGUGUGCUCUCCAACUUUGCCCAGGGCCCCCAGAUGCACGUGGCCAGCGGUCUCCUAGGCAUGCCAGGUAAGCAUGCAGUGCGGAGCGGAGCCCCCAGCCGAGGACAAAGGCCGUACUUCACCAGCUCAGGAGUCAGCAUGUCAUACAUGAACACUGGGGUCGGAGGUCAGAAGGGCUCGUCCUUGGCAGACCGUCAGCGCGAGUACCUGCUGGACAUGAUCCCCCCCAGGCCCAUCUCGCAGUCCAUCAGCACGCCGAAGUGAAGGGCUGCACCCGUCGCAUGCAGUGCCUGUCCCGGUGCCUCGUUACUUAACCCGUUGCUUCAGAGGGAGCAAAACCCCCUAUUUUACCCCCACUUCCCUCCCCCACUCUCCACCUGCUCCUGUUCCCCACCCCCCACCUCAACACCAGUAUUAUCGUUCUCUGUGUCUGUUGCUAACUUUGUCAUCGGCCUUUUGGAGGUGGGUGGGCAUGGAAAUGGGAUUCCCUGCGGUGCUCUGCUCGCAUGACCUUGGGAAGCAAGUGUCAGCCUUCAGGAAGGUGUGCCUGUACCUGCGUGUGUGCGAGCGUGUGCCCGUGUGCGUGCCUGUGCGGGUGUGUGCACAUACACCUGUAUGUGUGUGUGCACGCAUGUGCACGUGCCUCUGUGUGCAUGCAUGCUUGUACCUGUGUGUGUACACGUGCCGGGAUGUGGCCUUGUGUGCUCGUGUGUGUGUGUGUGUGCACGUGUGUUUGUACAUGCCUGUGUGUUUUUGUGGGUGCCUGCUGUUUUCCUCCUUCGUCUCCCCCUUCACCCAUGACUGCGGCUUCAUCUCUGGGAACCCACAGCACUCGCUUGGCCCAAUUCAUUGGCCCGAGAUGAGCCGAGGAGGCAGCAGAGGGAUUUUGACCUUCACCUGACUCCCCACCCCCUCUGAAAGCAGGCCCUGUGACCCUCUGCGUUGGGGCGGAGGAGGGCGCAGGGGUGAGUAGCACGGGAGGGGGUAAGCAGCCCUAUCCCAGCCUGAUCCCCUCAGCAGCGCUGGAGCUAAGCUGCCUCCCUCGGGGAGGGUCGAGCCAGGCUGCAACUCCCCCACCCAGUUGAAUAGCCAGGUCAGAUAUUGUACAGGGGGAGUGCCCUUUUUGGGAAGAAGGCUGUGUAGACCCUUCUGAGGGUUGUCUAGGGGGAGCCAAGAAGUGGAGAAGGACAAUCCGAGACUCCAUGAGACUGCCUUUGCAGUCUCCAGUUUACUUUUUGUGGGAGGGGGUUUCGUUCGUAUUAAUUGUCUACAUAGGAGUGACCCACUGUGUAAGAUGCUUCUAGCAAAGUUGGAGGCUGUUCGGCCCUUCAGUUCCAUGCCAGCUCUUCAAAAGGGCAAUUUUAAUCAGGCUCUUCCCUAAACAUCCCUCUCACUCUCACCACUGCCCCAAGACUGAAGGGUUUGAGGUUGAAGGGAGACGUCGGGAAUGAGCUGCCAGACUUGGAUUUGUCAGCGAGCUUUCCCUCUCGGAGGAGUGGCUGCCCAUGAAAGUGCAAGUUGGGGGGGUGGUGGGGUGGGGUAGGGUAGGUGGAGACUUUGCGACAAUCAGUCGGACUCUCCCCACAGUGGGUGGGUGAAGGGUGACUGACUGACAGCUUGUUUGUGGUAGUUGUGCAGUGAGGUAGAGGCUAGCAGCAGGAGAGAGAGAGGUGGGGGAGAGGCAGGAUGGGGGUGCAGGGACAGAGUGGGCAAAUGCCAGUGCAGGUUUGGUGUGGUGAUGGAGGGAUGAGCUGGCGCCCUGCAAUGUGGCCUCUAAGUGAGCAGUUCUUCUGUUUUCAUGUAUAUAUGUGUGCCAGUGUGUGAGUAUGUGUGGAAAUGUGAGUGUAUGAGUAUGUGUGGGAAUGUCUGUGUGUGUGUGUGAGAGAGAGAGAGAGAGAGGUGGGGGCGUGCACUGUUGCUGUAAUGUGUUUUCAGAUAGUGGCACAGUUGCACUUUGUAACAGAUGGAUUGAAUUUCCUGUCUGGACUUCCCCAGCCACUUUAACUCGUUAGGAAAAGGGAGGGCUGAAAACACGUUUGGACUUGUUAAUACUUCACCUCUUUGGGCCCUGUCCGUUCCUUUCAGGUUAAUUGUCAUCAGUUCUGGGCGCAAGAGCAGCUUUAACAGAGGAACAGGGCAAGGCCGUUUUGUUCUGGGAGCUGCUCAGUCAGACUACUGCCUGGUCUGUAUCCUCACUCCAUCUACCUGUUUCUAACCCUUCAUUCCCCCCCAUUUUAACCCCGACAGAACUCCCUGUGUCCAUCGACUGUGAUUCAGGGGAGAGAUGAUCCAGAUUUCCACCCCCCUCUCCGGUGUGAAGAGCUGCUCUCUGACAUUGCUUCCUCAUCGCCACCAGCCCUGGGUGGCUUGCCUGAAUGUUGAAGACCAACAGGAAUGGCCUGCUCACAGAGCAGCGGAGGGACUGUAUGCCUGGUUAGCAGUGUUUACACCCAGUGCCCUUUCUCGAUGGGGCUUGCCCCAGCAGGAAGGAUGGUGGUAAGAGGGGCUGUUCCCGGUUUGGUGACAUUACUGAGCCUUCUCGGCACAGCAUGAGGCCAUUGUGCACAAUCAUGCUCAUUGCCAGCUCUUUGAAAGAGUUCUCCAGUCCCCCACAACUACCGAAUCCUUUCAGCCCCUGCAUAGUUCUGAUUCCCCUCCCUCCCUGUCCCUUUUUGUAAGUUCCUAUUGAAUCUGCUCCCUUUCAGGCAGCCUGUCCCAGAUCACAACGAUUUGCUGCCUCAACAAACUCAUUCUCCUCCUCUCCCUCCCACUCCCACUAGUUGUUUUUCCCGGAUUGUCUUCAAUCCACGUUACCACCCCAGCUCUGGUGACCGACACCUCCCCCCGCCGCUCAUUCCACUCGAUUGGAACCCGCCGCCUCCACCCCCUCUCUCAAUUUGGAAUGACUCGAUUCACAAUCUCAUCCCCCCCACCCAACACAUACCUUUAACGUUCUCCAUUCUGAGGGGAGUGAUCCCAGCUUCUACCCCCCCCAAUCUCUCUGGGCACAAAAAGAUGCCCCUCAUCACAGAGUCCUGGAAAAUCUCCAUACGCGCACACCCUCUGAGACCGUGACCCAUUCUGAAUUCUGUCCAGGCUGAAGAUGUCGAAAUCCUAAAGCAUGAUGAGGUUAUUGUGGAAUUUUAACCCAACAAUUGAAACUGCUGCCAGGAACAAUCCAGGCAGUGAGGUGGCGGGCGAGGGGGCGUUGUGACUCUGGUGUGUGUGCGUGCAUGUGUGUGCGCGUGUGUGUGUGUGUUUGCAGGUCGUGCUUGGAGUGUAUGCUUGCUCGCAAUUCUCACACACGUCCUGCCCAGUGCUGGGUGUGUUGAAGAAUCAAUCCAAGGACAAGUGUGCUCACUGCAGGACGAUAGAGGCGUUCAGCUUGCGAAGAAAGGGUGCACAAGGAGACCCUCUCUGUGCUCCCCUCAGCUGGGGCAGGGGACAGUAGGACACACUGGCUCAGUGGAGCCUGACCUGUCUGUGUGGCAUCAGGCACAGUGACUGAUUCCUCAGGCACACUCCAGUUGUAGUUUGGAAAAGUCCCUGAGCUCCAGAUUCUACAUUGUAUGUGGUUGUUGCUUGUGGGUUGGUGGGUGGGGUGGGGGGGCUGAGGGGGGUAUUCUGUGGUUAUUGUACAUUGAAAAGGUCUAGUUACUCUGCAAGAGACAUACCUACAAGCCUCAGACUGUCUGUUACACAAGAUGCCAGUCUUGGGUCAGCUGGCAUCCUUCUCGCAGCUUGGAAUCCUGGCCAAGUGUGUUUGAGACACCACUCCAGAGACUCCAGGCCAACACUCCCAGGGUCAGCGCUGAGGGAGAGCCACACUACUGGAGUAUCAGCGCUGAGGGAGAGCCGCAGUAUUGGAGGAUUAGCACUGAGGGAGGGACACACUAUCGGAGGGUCAGCGCUGAGGGAGCAGGUGCUGAUGUAGAGGACACUGUCAGAGGGUCAGUACUGAGGGAGCACUGGACUGUUGGAGAGUCAGUACUUGGGGAGUGGGCACUGUUGGAGGUUCAGCGCUGAGAGAGUGGACAGUGUCGGACAGUCAGCACUGAGGGAGUGAAUAGUGUCGGAGGGUCUGCACGGGAGAGCACCACACCGACAGGGUCAGCGCUGAGGGAGCGGGCACUGUCGGAGGGUCAGCACCGAGGAAGCAUGGGCGGUCGGAGGGUCAGCGCCGAGGGAGCAGGCGCUGUCGGAAGGUCAGCAUCAAGGCAGUGGGCGCUGUUGGAGGGUCAGCGCUGAGGGGGUGGAUACUAUCAGUUGGUGCUGUCUGUUGGUCAAGACGUUAAACCAAGGCCCUGUCUGCCUGAAAAGGUGGACAUUAAAGAUUCCUCUUGUAAAGAAAAGCAGGGUUUGAGGUGGGAGAGGGACGAGUUUGGGUGGGGGGGAGCAGGGUGGGGAGAGAUUAUUCUUCCUGGUAAACACACAACCACGGUCUUCCCCAUUUAUCUUCUGGAGGACUGUGAGAAUGCUGGCUGCUGUGUUCACCCACCAGACCGUCAUGCAUGUGGGCAGUUAACCCCCAAGUGGUGGUAUUGGGAAUGGGAGUGAUGCUGCAACUCUAUAAAGCUUGAGGUGGGGGGAGGGAGUGGUGUGUGUGAGACAGAUGGUGGGUCAGCUUCACCAAGAGCGGUCCUGAACGGACAACGUUUUCCGCGUCAAAAGCUAACUUGUGCAACCUUUGGCUGUGUUGACCUAAAUUGGACCUGUGAAGCUCGCUUCCUGAUGUUCUUUGUGUACAGUCUUCCUGUAUAUCUGAACGUGGCUGCAUCGGGUAAUGUAAAUGGUUUUUAUGGCAUGUUACAGUUUGAGCUGGACAUUAAUGGUCCUUUAAUCCUCUCUCUCUCUCUCUCUCUCGUUACACAGAGUCAAACCCUCCCAAUCCUCCCAACGCACCUCCUCCCCCUUCCUCCCUCCCCGCCUCUGUUUUCAUUUUAAAGUUUUAAUUUAGGCGAAAAGAAUUUUUCUUCCAUUUUGCUUUUUUUUAAAAAAAAAGAAAGAUUUUUUCUGUAUGUUGUUGUUGUUGCUAAGCCUGUUUUAUCAUUUUGUAUUGUGCUAGAUUUGUGUACUUCGGCAAUGUAUUACAAAUGUUAUAUACCGAUGGGAGUGCAAACUGCCAAGAGACAGUCAUCCAAUGGCUGGGGAAAACAAAAAAGAAAUAAGCAAGUUUUUCAAAAAAAAACCUUUGUAGUAUUUAUUACUUGCAGGUUGUGUUUAAAAUAAGGGAACCAGUUGAAUCUCCUCUGUGAGAUGGUGUACGUGCUAUUAAACUAUCAGGUGAAUUUAUCUGA